AUGCAGCUCCUCUCGUUGCUGUUGCUUUGCUUAAGCGUGUUGCAACCAGCGUUGUCUGCUUCCGUUGAUGCUGCUCCCCCACCUUGCGGUUUGAAAUGUAUCGCCACUUCGGCCGUGAACGCUAACUGUGCACUCACCAACGCCACCUGCAUCUGCACCAAUGAAGUACUCCUGGCCCAGAUUACGGAAUGUCCACGAAGAAGUACUCGGUCGAAACUUGUGGUGGAGAAGGUGAAGAUAGGACUGCCCCUUAUUGUUAUCCUUGCAUUCGUCUUCGGGGGUCUUGGGUUGGUGGCUUUCAUCUUGCGAUGCAUUGCAAAAAUCUACGGUGCUCAUGAAUGGGGUCACGAUGACUCGGCCAUGUGUGUGGUUAUGUGCCUCGAAAUUGCCUUUGCCGCUCUCUCCAUACCUAUCUCUCGCAAUGGACUCGGGUUGGACAUGUGGUUUGUACCUCACGACAACAUAACCAAAGCCCUUCAACUGUACUACUUCGACGAGUUACUAUACAUCACAGCCAUUUCUCUGACGAAGGUUUCGAUCCUUUUCUUCUACCUCAAAGUCUUCCCGAAGAGAUCGUUCCGCAUUUGCACGUAUACGUUGAUCGGCAUCAACUUGGCCUACGCCAUCACUUACGACUUCCUUCUCAUCUUCCAAUGUAACCCGAUACCCGGCGCGUGGUUAACCUGGGAUGGCGAAUUCGAAGCAAAGUGCAUCAGCAUCAACAUACUCGGCUGGUCUGCAGCAGCUAUCAACAUCGCUUUGGACGUCGCCGUUAUCACCCUCCCGCUUCCUGAACUAUUUAGACUGUCCCUUUCCACGAGGAAGAGAGUACAGAUCAUUGCUAUGUUUGCUGUCGGUUUCUUUAUCACCAUCGUUAGUAUCAUCCGCCUUUACUCCCUCAUCCGAUUCGGCAACACCACAAACGUCACACAGGACUACGUCGACACAGGCUACUGGUCGACCAUCGAAGUCCCCGUCGGCAUCAUCUGCGCCUGCAUGCCGGCCGUGCGCUCGCUCUUCAGCCUCGCCCUCCCCAAAGUCUUCGGCACCACCAAAAACGCCACCAACAGCUCCACCUACAACCCCAACAGCAGCUUCAAGCCCGCGUCGUCAGGCACCACCAACAACAACAACCACCACCGAGGCCCAAACUCCAGCGCCAAGAUCAGCGUCAAGCAGGAGUGGUCCGUGCUCCGCGCCGACGAGCGCUACCGGCGCAGCGACAGCGACGUCGAGCUCCUGGACCUCGGGAAGGAGGAGGAGGAGGAGGAGAAGGGUGCGUUUGGGGGUGCGGAGAAGGGGAUGACGAGGAAACUGACGCUGUCGAAACACGCGGGCGAGUGGAGAGGCAUAGAUAGCCCAGAGGCGAGGGAGGGCGAGUAUAAGGCCGCGGCGUUUGGUCGCGAGCAGGAGUUGUUGAGGUAGGAC